AUGACGUUUCAGAAGUAUGUUACAGCUUUGUGCCUAAUAUUGGUAAUAGUGUCCCUGGCAGAGGCGGCCCAGUUCGUCAACUUCGUUCAGAAACCCCCGAGGAAGGACCUGUACGAGUUCUACUGGGACGUGGUACACUGGGAGACCAUGUUCCUGUAUGACGAGGGUACCCAGGCGGGAACCCCGGUACGGCUUACCGGCUUUAACCAGUUCGAGAGAAGGGACACGGACCGCGACGAUCCGACAAAUUGUGGGAAGACGUUUCCCAUGACUCCAGAAGAGGUAGACACUGUGGUUGCCGCUGACGGCUCCUACACCAGGGUGGUCCUGGUGAACCGCACCUUGCCAGGUCCCACUAUAGUCGUCUGGAAAAAUGCCCAGGUGGUUGUUCACGUACGAAACCAGCUGAUACAAGAGGGCGUCUCCAUCCACUGGCACGGCAUCACCCAGCACAACACGCCCUGGAUGGACGGGGUGGGUGGCGUGUCACAAUGCCCCAUCAACCCAGGGGAGAGAUUCACAUACAGAUUCAACGCCUCCGAAGGCGGGACCCAUUGGUGGCACGCGCACUAUGGCACGUUCCGUACUGAUGGUCUGUACGGGGCGCUUAUCGUACUGGAGGAUGAGCCGGGUCUCCCGUCGUUUGCACGUGAAUACCUCGUGUUGCUGCAAGACUGGCAGAGGGAGGACUCGUUGGAAACCUACCUGAGGGUGGAUUGGGAAGUAUCGAGAUUCUCCUACGGGUACGACAACUAUACAGAAUGUUACUACAACAAGCGGCAGCCUGACGGGACGGAGGUAGGACCAGUCCCCUUCGUGUCAGGACUGAUCAACGGGAAAGGCCGUCGGUUUUCUGGUGUCGGACCGGAAGCUGAAGAUCCGAACGUGCCUUUAGAUCUGUUUGCGGUGCGUACAGGCCUCAAGUAUCGCUUCCGGGUCAUCAGCGCGGCCAUGAUCUAUGCCUUCCGGGUCUCCAUCGACCAACACGAGCUGACCAUGAUCGCUACUGACGGGAACAGAAUUUCAGAGCAACGUGCAGAAUCGUUUAUCAUCAACACGGGAGAGAGGUACGACUUCUACAUCACUGCAAACCAGCAGGACAACAACUACUGGAUCCGGGCAAACACUUUGGAAGAAACGGACAUCUAUGGGGACACGGCCCAAAGACACUCGAUAAAAGCUAUCCUGCACUACCGUGGCGCACUGAUCAACCAGGACCCCAGCAGUACUAGGAGAGCCUGUACCGACUCCAAUAUGUGCACUGUGAUCAACUGUCCAUUUCAAAGUUCGGACUUUACCCGGUGCGUCAACGUUCACCAGCUUCGCUCUGCGCAGCCUCAGACUGUGCCGCAGUUCGACUCUGCCGAGCCAGAAAAGUGGGAGGAGCAUUUCAUCAACUUCCACUUCGCCGGGAACGAACUGGACGGAGCCCAGAGGUCGUCAGUGAACGGACACCGCUUUAUUCCACCAAGUGCUCCUCCUGCAGUUGACCGAAAAGGCCUGGGUCUGACCCCAUGCUUGGAGAGCGAGUGUGGCGGGGACAAAUUUUGUGAAUGUUCCUACAACAUCAACAUCGCAAAGGACAACGUGGUACAGUUGGUCCUCUACAAUAUGGGAGCAGGUGGAAGCAUCAACGGUACAGCCCAUCCUGUCCAUAUCCACGGCCACCACUUCUACGUGCUAGACAUGGGCUUCCCGGAGUACGACAGCAACGGCGUCUACCAGAGCCAGAAUACGGACAUCAACUGCAGUGCUCUUGAGAACUGCAACGCCAGGAGUUGGAUGAACGUGUCAUGGGGCAACGGAAACAAACCAGGGUUGAACAUGGAGAACCCGCCCUUGAAGGACACCGUGAUCGUGCCCGUGGGAGGGUACGUGGUGCUGCGCUUUCUGGCUGACAAUCCAGGUUGGUGGUUUGUGCACUGUCACAUCGAGAUCCACCAGGUGGAGGGGAUGGCCAUGAUGAUCAGGGAGGGGGAUGAGGGACAGAUGAACCCCCCACCCCCGGGGUUCACCACCUGUGGGGGCUUCGACUGGUCCUCCGAUGAGUUCAAAAGAGCACAGAAAGGCUACGAUGACAAUGGCGACAACAUGAUUUGUUGUGAGUUGUGA